UUUAUUAAUCAAUGGAAUCCAAAAGGUUUACACCAAGGAUGACAAAUACAUUCACUAUCUAAACAAGUUAAAAUAAGAGUUAAAGCUAUUUUUACAUUGCAAUUUUUACUUGCACACCAAGAUAAACAGAAUCUUUUUUCCCAAGUACCAAGAUAUAUUCUUUUAGAGUGCCAAACUUUAACCCAAUAUCCUUACCAAGGCCAUUUUCCAGUUUUUACCCAUUUCAAAGUAAACCAUUUAAUAUCUUAAUAAUAACGUCUAUAUUCAACUCUAAUUUAAGCUCCACAAUCUGAAGUUUCAAAAGAUUCACCAACAUAUUCCCAACUAAGAAGAUUUCUUUAUGAAUCAAAAUCUUCAAUUUAAUUAAAAUCUUCAAUUUAAAAAUAAUCUAUAUUAUCGAUUUAUGUAUUUUCAUCUUCAUAUUCAUCAUCAAAAGAAAUAACUUCAUCAGGGAAUAGCUCAAGUCCUUAAGAUAAUUCUUAUUCAUUAAUCAUUUACCAAAUCUAUUCGUCUCCACAUUUCACAAAGUGUUAUUCUUCUUCGGUUCUUUUAUUUAUUAUAAUUAGGUUUUCACACAUUAUGUCCUUUUCGUUUAUAUGAGCUUUUUCGACUUUAAUUCUUACAUAUGUGUAAUCGUCUGAUGAUUUUUCGUCUUUCUAAAGCAUAAAAUUGAAUUCUUCAUCUAAUUGUCUAGUGUAAGACUUUUAAGUAUUAAUAUUUUAGUCAGUUUAGAAAGAACAGUUAUAAAGUAAAAAUAUUAAUGUAAUGGAAGCCAUUGAUAUAUAUAAGUAUUUUAAUUUAUUAGGUUUCUUUGUAGAAAUAUUUGGAUGUUCUUAUAGGUUUGCUGUGGAU